AUGUCUUCACAUAAUUCACAAAGGAGCAGUUUAAGCAGCCACAAUAGAAAACUUAGAUAUCGAGCAUUACUCGAAGACUUGUCAACUUUAGAGGAAAACAAUGACAAUGUACAGCAAAUGGAACGCACUGCGGGUGCUGUGAAAGAGGUUCAAAGCUUGCUUGCUGAAGGUGGUGUGGAGGAACGUGUGAAACACCCUGGUGAGGGCUACUUGGACUCCCGGGUAUUGCGCGCCACUAGUGACCUCGCUUUGCGCUGUUCUGAAUCCGUCAGUGGCAAUGUUAACACGUACGACAAGCAUGAGCUCGCGGCUCAUAUCAGAGAGAACCCAGAGUUCUGGGAAUUUGUCUUUCCCCGUGAGGUGCCAGCAGUGUCGUCCUUGUUCGGCACUUUCGCGGCCACACCUCCCGAGCAGCGACCGCGCAAGCCUAGGAGGAGGGUUGAGAAGCAGCAGACAGCUGCAUUAAAGGCACCAGAGCGUGUCGAUAAAUUAGAAAAAACAGAAGAAGGCUCGGAGAUGGUGAGCCGCGUCUACCGGUUAUUAACCAAGGCGUGCCGGAACGGACCGGUGUCCUACUUCCGUUUAGUACUGGACCCCGACUCAUUCGCCCGCACCGUCGAAAACAUUUACUACGUGUCGUUCCUUGUGCGCGACGGUAUGGUCGCCAUCGAUCUUGAUGAGGAGCGCGGUCUACCGUUCAUCAAGCCGGUCCCUGCCUCGGAACAGGAGGAGCGCAACCCCUCCGGCGACAACCAGUUCAUCAUCUCGAUAGAUAUGGCGAGGUGGCAAGAGUUAGUGGCAGCUUUCAAUAUAAAGUCGCCAAUGAUGGUUCUAAAGAGAAAUUAA